CUCCUCUGCAUCUCUCCAUCCUCUCCUCCAGAGCUCGGAGGCGCACAAAGACGCGCAGCAGCACAGCCUCGGUGUUUGUUUCCGCGCUUCCACAAGACAAAUCGGGCUUAUUGUAAAUAUCAAUAAAUGAAUAAAUCAAAUAAAAAAAUAUAAAAGUGAUUAAAGAGAACAGUCCUGUCUCCCCUCAUGCCACCGAUGAGGCUCCAAAGGAAGGGACAUCUGUGAUCGGACGGAGCGGCUUCUCCAUGAACAUGGCGCGCAUCGGGGACGCAGACCCCUUCACCGCUGCGAUACCCGCCACCAAAGUUGAGCUGACGGUGUCCUGCAGGAACCUGCUGGAUAGAGACACGUUCUCCAAGUCCGAUCCAAUUUGUGUACUGUAUACUCAAGGGAUUGCAAACAGAGAAUGGAGAGAGUUUGGCAGGACCGAAGUCAUAGACAACACCCUCAAUCCCGACUUUGUCCGCAAAUUUAUUCUGGAUUACUUCUUCGAGGAGAGGCAGAAUCUUCGUUUUGACCUGUAUGAUUUGGACUGCAAGAGUGACAACCUCUCUAAACAUGACUUCUUGGGACAGGCUUUCUGUACGUUGGGUGAAAUUGUUGGCUCCCUGGGAAGCCGCUUGGAAAAGCCAUUGAUUGGAAUUCCAGGGAAGAAAUGUGGAAGCAUCAUAAUUAGAUCGGAGGAGCUCAGCAACUGCAGGGAGUUAGUGAUGCUCCAGUUUUGCGGCAACAAGUUGGAUAAGAAGGACUUCUUUGGAAAAUCUGAUCCAUUUCUAGUGUUCUACCGCAGCAAUGAAGACGGAUCCUACACCAUCUGUCACAAAACAGAAGUGGUGAAGAACACCCUGGACCCGGUGUGGCAGGCUUUUAAAAUUCCUGUCAGGGCGCUGUGUAACGGAGACUACGACAGGAGCAUAAAGGUGGAAGUCUAUGACUGGGACAGAGAUGGAGGCCACGACUUCAUUGGCGAGUUCAGCACCAGCUACAGAGAAAUGUGCAGAAGCCAGUCGCAGUUCCACGUCUAUGAGGUGCUUAAUCCAAAAAAGAAAGGGAAGAAGAAAAAGAAGUACCUAAACUCAGGAACGGUGACUCUCCUCUCCUGCCUGGUGGACACUGAGCUUUCCUUCCUGGACUACAUCCGAGGCGGGACACAGAUUAAUUUUACGGUGGCAAUCGAUUUCACAGCUUCAAAUG